UCACUCCCUGCAACAUAUGCUAUUCUCUCCUUUCUAAAGUUGAUCAGUUUCACAGCCCUGUUAACAUGGGAAUGCUCUCAUUUCUGUUGGUGUUCUGCUGCUUCCAUGUCACCUUCUCCUUUACGGACGGAUCAAUAGCAAAUGCGGAGUUUGAGUUUGGGCCAAAGCCACAAGACAUGAAAGGCACGGUGGUAACUGGUGGUCCCCACGCUAUACCUGGGUGGGAGAUCUCUGGCUUCAUUGAGUACUUAAAAUCAGGCCAAAAACAGGGUGACAUGUUGCUUGUGGUGCCAAAUGGAGCUUAUGCUGUAAGGCUUGGCAACGGGGCCUCUAUUAAACAGAAGAUAAAAGUGGUAAAGGGAAUGUACUAUUCUAUCACGUUUAUGGUGGCACGCACGUGUGCACAAGAGGAAAAACUCAACGUGUCUGUGGCUCCAGACUGGGUGGUGCUCCCAAUGCAAACGUUGUACAGUGGAAAUGGUUGGGAUGCUUAUGCAUGGUCCUUCCAAGCAGAUUAUUCUCUAGUAGACAUGGCUUUUCAUCACCCAGGAAAGGAGGAGGAUCCUGCUUGUGGACCAAUCAUUGAUUCUAUUGCUCUCAAAGCUCUGUACCCUCCUAGACCAACUAACAAGAACGUGCUGAAGAAUGGUGGGUUUGAAGAAGGACCAUAUGUGUUUCCUAACACAACAUCAGGUGUGCUUAUCCCACCCAACAUUGUAGACCUCAGCGACCACUCUCCCCUACCGGGGUGGAUAGUGGAGUCCUUAAAAGCUGUUAAAUACAUAGACUCAGACCAUUUCUCAGUUCCUCUAGGGAAAGGAGCCGUGGAGCUAAUAGGAGGAAAAGAAAGUGCCAUUGCACAAGUAGCCAGAACCAUUCCUGGCAAAACAUACACCCUUUCCUUUGCUGUGGGAGACGCUGGCAAUUCAUGUGAAGGGUCACUGAGUGUUGAAGCAUAUGUAGGCAAAGAAAGUGUAAAGGUGCCUUAUGAGUCCAAAGGCAAAGGUGGGUUUAAACGUGCAACUCUAAAGUUUGUGGCUGUUAGUACAAGAACACGCAUUUUGUUCCUUAGCACCUUCUACACUAUGAGAAGCGACGACUUUGCCUCCCUGUGUGGGCCUGUGAUUGAUGAUGUCACCUUGAUCAGUCUUCGCAAACCAUAGGGGAUACCAUCAAAUUUGAGAAUUUCGUAAACCAAUGCAAUGAAUCAAAUGUAGAACAAUACAUGGCUUUUUAUAUAUGUCGUCUGAGGUGUUGUAUUAUUUUUGCCUUUUCUUGUUUUUAGCAUAGAUCAAACAAUAAUUAAAUUUACUAUACUUUGUCAAAUAAUACUUUUACUUGAA